GGCAGUUAAUACAAAUUCUGAUAACUCUAAUUCAAUCAAAUUGAAGUAUGAUGGAUUAGUGGAUGAAAAGAAUAGAAUCGAAAAAAAAUUAUCGGAAUUAAGUGAAAUACUUCGUCAGAAUGGCAAUGUUGGUAUGGAUACCCCAUUAGUUGAUGAUGAAGGCUACCCACGCUCUGAUAUUGAUGUGGCUCUUAUACGAAUAACGCGAAACAAUAUCCAUUGUUUAAAUACAGAUCAGAAACAAAUAAUGCUUGAAUUGGAAAGUGUUUUACAUGAAAUACAUGAAUAUGCUCGUCAAAAUCCAUUUGAAAAUGUUUUAACUGAUGGAAAUGCUUGUUCCAGUGAGAAUAAACUAAGUGAAGAUCAAUCCACACAGAUUGUGAAGAAACCUUUCCUUAAAAUUGAUCAGAUAUCACCUAAUUCAAUAGCGGAACAAGCAGAUUUAAAAGUUGGAGAUCGAAUAGUUCAAUUUGGCUCAGUAUCUGCUGACAAUUUCAAUUCAUUACAAGAUAUAUCUACUGUCUUUAGAAAUACAUCUCCCGGUAGCUGUAUUCACAUGUCCAUUGUUCGCGGCGACAGUAUGAUAAAUGUGCUUUCUAUUUCGUUGUUGAAACCAGCUGAAAAUGCCAGUAUAGGGAUGCACGUUGUUCCUAUUUAUAGUAAAAAUGAUUCGAUGUAAACUUUCUGUUAUGUGUAUUCGUUGUUGAUGAACAAAGAUUCUUUUUGAUAUAUAUAUAUAUAUAUAUAUAUAUAUAUAUAUAUAUAUUCAUUUAACUUG